AUGUUCUCCGUUGUGGUCCCCGGACGCCCGUGUAUAACGGACAUUGUCGCAGUCGACGGCCAACCCAACGGCCAAGCAACGAAGUUCGCCUUUACAAUCCCAUUAAGCGCCUCUCUCAGCGAUAUAGUGGUCUUCUUCCUACCAGGAACAACUUUGCCCCCAAACACCGGCGCAGCAAUCUACGCCCAACUCCCCGAUCCAAACGGCCAACCAUCAGACUUCCGCUUCAUCGGCGCACUCGCAAACGAGAAACCCUCUGGAAUCUUCACCGUGCGGCAAUCAAGUCGCACCGAGGCUGAAGAGGAGGAUGACAUGCUCGACGAAGGAGGUGGUGGCGCGGGCAUCAUGACGCUUGGAAUUUCCAUUGAAGAGGUGCAGGUCAUUGCGCCGCAGCUUGCGUCUCUCGAGGCGGAGAAAUCCAACACCUCUACUGCGUUGGUGAAGCAGGCUGUGGGACAGAGGCAGAUUUCUACGAAGGUUCUGGCGCAGCGCAUCAUUGGCAGCGCGUUCAAUUUCCUGGCUAGUUUUGCGGAGUCGGAUAAAGGGCAGGAUGUCGUGCCUUUGAAGAGCUUCCAUAAUUGGUGGGCCAAAUUUGAGCGUCGCAUUGAGGUUGAUCCUGCAUUUUUGGAGCGCGAGGAUCCCAAUGCCAAUGCGUGA